UAGCGGUAGCGGUAGACCAACGCAUUUGGCAUCCUCCUCCUCUCUGCAAUUAUUUCUCCUUUUGCAAACCAUUUUGCCUCUGCGGCGAGCAUCGGCGCGAAUCUUGCAGCUUCACGUUGUUGUUGCGGUUGAGCCAUGGCUUCGGUCUGUAUCAACAAUGUCGGAAUGUCGCCGGAGAAUUUCUUCGACUGCCCGCCAGUUCAACCCUCGCACGGCUGGCUGAGUCCUAGGGUUUCGUUUAGCCGCGAUUUGGCGGAUGAUGAUGGCGGCAAGAAUGGCGGUGAGAAGUCGGAGCAGGAUGAAUCGGUGGUUGAUUUUGUCGAUUUUGAGUUCCGGCUCAAUGAUCCGGAAACGAUGAUCUCCGCCGACGAGCUGUUCUCCGACGGGAAACUGGUUCCGCUUCAUCUCGUGCCGAUUCAGCCGUCUGGAGAGCGGGAGUUGGAGGUCGUGCGGACUUCAUCGAUACAUUCGCCAGAUCAUCUUUACUCGUUCUCACCGAAGCCGCCAAGGUGUUCGGGAGUGUGGAAGGAGCUGCUCGGUCUGAAGAAAGCGCAGAGUAUCGAAACAGAGCGCCAGAAAGCCGCCUCUGCUUCUUCAAAGGUUUCUAAUACCGUUUCUCUUAAGCAUUUCCUUCGCCGGAACAGUAGAUCUCCCUCAAUCGACUCCGCCCUUCCAUGUUCUCCACUUCCCCGCGACUCCGAUUCAGAAUCGGUGUUUUCAGCUCGCGCCUCGCUUUCUUCUUCCUCCUCCUCUGGCGCUGAUCACGAUGAUCUAAAUCCUCGCCUUUCACUCGACUCCGAUAAGAUCAGCCCGGUCUCUACAUCGCUGUGCCGAAAUCCAUCCCGGGCUAAAGCACCGCAGGCUAGAACACCGGCAUUCCGUCGAUUAUCUGGGAUAUCUGCGGAUGGCAACAUUGCGACCAUGCGAAUCGGUCUGAAUUCGAUCCGGUGGAACUCUGAAUCGGAGUUGGAUAGCGGCGAUGGUUUCCCGGCGGCUCUAAGAACUUUGGCGGAUAGCCCGCGGCUCAAUGCAUCUGGGAAAGUUGUUUUUCAUGGACUUGGAAGAAGCUCAAGCAGCCCGAGCAUCUCGAAUCGAGCUCCGAGAUCUCGUCCCCAUGGAAUGGAGCGGUCCUGGUCAGCUAAUGUCAUGUUCACGCCGGUUCUUAAUGUUCCUGUGUGCAGCAGCCAUCGUAGCACAGCGAAGUCCGUUCCCGCAUCAGGCUUCGGCCAACUCUUUUCGGUACAUAAAAGGGAGAAAGACGGCUCAUCUUCUGCGAAGAACGGACUCAACUGCUCGAGUAAUGUUACCAAAACAAAAUGCGAUAAAUCAACAACCCGGGAUUAAUUAGGUAGCGAAAUCCUAAGCUAAAAUCACUGAACUAGAACAAAAAUUCAAUUUUUAACUCUGGUUUAUUUCUUCUUUAUUUUAUUUUUUCAUGCAUUUGUUUCAGAAUUAGACAACCCUAUUUGCUAUUGAUAUAAAUACUAGUCCUUUUAGGUUGUAUUUUCAGCUGUUUCUGUAACAAUUUUCAGUUUUCCCAUCUCUUUGCUCUGUUUCUUAAGCUCUGGGGGACAUAUUUGUAACAACAGAAGAAGCUGUUUGUGCUCUUUUUUAAACUCUCGGUUUGCCGAGAUUUAGU